AUGUCCUCGUCUAUUAUUACUUCCUUGACUCCAAACCAAGUCAACGAUGAGUUGAACAAGAUGCAACAAUUCAUUAGAAAAGAAGCUGAAGAAAAAGCUAGAGAGAUCGAAUUGAAGGCUAACCAAGAGUACGAAAUCGAAAAGACUAGUAUUGUACGUUCUGAAACCGCUAACAUUGAUGCUAACUCCGCUGAUAAAUUGAAGAAGGCUAAUUUGAAGCAACAGAUUACUAAAUCUACUAUUGCUAACAAGACUAGAUUAAAGGUUUUGACACAAAGACAAGAGUCCCUAAACGAGAUCUUCGAACAAGCCAAAGAAGCUCUGGUUAAGAUCACCAAGAACAAGCAACAAUACAAGCCUAUCCUACAUUCUUUGAUACUUGAAGGUCUUUUAAAAUUACUAGAAGACUCCGCUUUUGUAAGAGUCACUCCACAAGACAAACAAUUGGCUAAUGAAUUGAUUCCAAGUUUGGUUGAAGAAUACAAGGAGAUCGCUAAGAAAGAUAUCAACAUUAUAAUCGACACUGAUGAAACUCUAUCUAAGGAAGAUAUCGGUGGUGCUAUCGUCACAGAUGCUGCUAAGAAGAUCGAAUUGAACAACACAUUAGAAGAAAGAUUAAAGUUGCUAAGUGAAGAAGCUCUACCUGCCAUCAGAUUGGAAAUGUUCGGUAUCACUAAGACCAGAAAGUUCUUUGAUUGA